AUGGAGUUAAUUAAAGAAGUAAAGGAUAAUAAUUCAACAUUACAAAAUAACAUUCAAAUUUCAGUUACAGACAAUAAUUUUUAUCAAAAUUUAGUUGAGUUUAAUCUAAAUUCAGAAAAAUCUCUACAAAUCUAUCAAGAUUAUAAGAAUAAUUUAAAAAAUUAUAGCAACUUUAAUAAUAAUUUAGAAGUAGAUAAAUUUGGAAGUAGAUACAAAUUAGAGGAUAAUUCAGGGCAUGAAAAUGAAUUGGUAUAUAAAUUGAAAAAUGGAGAUAAAUUAGAAGAUUGUGACAAAUUAGUGAAUAGCUUAGAAAGCAGAAAUAAAUUUGAUGAUGAUGAUGAAUUAAUAAAUAGUCUGAAAAGCAAAAAUAAAGUUGAGAACAAUAAUGAAUUAGGGAAUAGUUUGGAAAGUAAAAAUGAAUUUGAGAACAAUAUUGAAUUAGAAAAUAGAAAUAGUUUAGAGGGUAGUGAUAAGUAUAUGAGCAGGCUUAAGUAUAAAGAUUCUAAUAAUAAGUCAGAGAGUGAUAGUAAUAAUUCAACUAUAAGAGAUACAAGUAAUAUAGAUAUUAAAG